AUGGGAACUGAGAAAGUUCUCGGCAUGUGGUGGUGUACCGCCUCCGAUACGUUCACCUACAAGGUAUCGCCACGGAUUAGUGCGGAUCUACUACAGGGUCACAUCGUGCCGACUAAACGACAGAUCUUGAGUACGCUGAUGAUGAUCUAUGAUCCACUGGGACUGCUGGCGAACUUUCUUAUGUUCCUGAAAAUGCUACUGCAGGAGUUUUGGCGAAGUCGCGUCGAUUGGGACGACCAGAUCAAGGACGAACAGCUCAAGAAAUGGAUGAAGUGGCUGCAAGUUCUGCCACAGGUGGAAAUUGUUAGCGUGCCAAGGUGUUACCGGAUGAAGACCAGCAUCGGACAACAGAAUGUGAUCCAGCUUCAUGUGUUCGUGAAUGCGUCGGAAAACGGAUAUGCGGCGGUUGCGUAUCUGCGAUUUGAAGAGAAUGGCGUAGUGGAAUGCGCACUUGUCGGCGCGAAGGCACGAGUAGCUCCAUUGCGGUUCGUGUCGAUCCCUAAGCUAGAACUUCAGGCAGCGAUAACCGGAGCUCGUUUGGCGAACGACAUCAUGAAGACCCACAAGCUGAAGCCUGCGCAAAGGUUCUUCUGGUCGGAGACGAGACGUUCUCUGCUGGCUUAA